UUCUGAGGACGUGCUAACAAAGGCAUUGGGUACACCUAAGGAAUGAGGACGAGUUCGAGGUGUAGGAUUUGGUGUGACCCCGACACAGUUUUGGAACACCCCAAGACCUAGGUCAAGCAAAGGGAAAGAGAAACAAAUCCUUACAUCUGAUGUGGAGCAACAGUUUUGCGAGCAAGAAGAGCGCAUUCGAAAACAAGAAGAACUUGUACGUCAACAACAAGAUCAAAUUCGUAAACAACAAGAACUUUUUCGACAACAACAAGAGGCUUUUCAUCGAGAACAAGAGCUAUUCCGUCGACAACAAGAAGAAUUGAUGAGAAAGAUGUUUCAAGAACAAUAUAGUUGGCGGGGAUCUUGUGGAGCUCCUUCAGGAUCGAACUCCGGAGAACAAUAUCAAGAUGCUCGUGGGCAACUGAUCCAAGGAUGUGUUUAUGUACCACAACCGCCAGCAACCUAUUAUGUACCAGACCCACCAUUAGAACCGCCUCCUAUGCCUGAGCGCCGUAAAUGUCGAUUAGCAAUACAAUCUAGAGAUAAUAUUGUUGCACUGGGGUUUCAUCUUGAUACUAGACCAAAUGACUUCAAUGUAGACAUGGGUGAAGUUGAUUGCCAUGUGACCAUCCAACACCCUAUUCAAGGAGCAGCUCCAUUGCCUUACCCCAUGGUUGACAUGGAUGUGUGCGUAGUUUCUCAAGCUACUGGGGUUGUCAUAGCAUGGCCCAAACAUCUCGUCAUAUUUCAUGAUUGGACCGAUCAGGUGACACAACUGGUUUAUUUGUCAUCUAACUAUUUAGAAAAACUACUUUUUUUUUUAAUUUUAAUUAAUUAAUAAAUCAAUAUG